AUGCCAUUAGAAUUGAAUGCUACUUCUCUUGAACUUACGUCACAUGUUAACGAAUCAACAUAUUCAAUUCACAUCUAUCUGUACGAUGAAUCGACAUACUUAGAACUCAAAUAUCAUCAUGUUGAUCAAAUUCCAUCUGAUUUUGGUGAUUUAUAUAAAGGAAAAAAUAUAUGGGUGGAAAUAAGUAGUAUUAAUGAAGAUUUAAUUCAUGAUGUAUUGAUUUAUUUUGAUGCUCAUUCACUUGUUAUUGAUGAUAUUCAAACAGCUGAACAACGAAUGAAAAUAUCUGUUUUAAAUGAAGAUAUUUAUCUUUUACUUAAUCUUAUCUAUUUAAAUGAAACAAAUCAUGUUGUUGAACAAGAAAAAAUUUAUUUUUAUCUAACAGAAAAUACAUUAAUAACUAUACAACAAUAUGGUACACAUAAAUUAUUUUCAACAAUUAAAUAUCGUCUAGCUAAAAAACCAAUUCCAUCAAAAGGUCGUUUGAAAAAAAUGAAAAUAGAUUAUUUAUUUUAUUGUUUACUUAAUGUUGUUAUAGAAAAUUAUAUGGUUGUAUUAGAUUCAAUUUUACAUGAAACUGAACUUAUUGAUAAAGAAUUGAUGUUUUCAACAAAACCUAAAACAGAUGUAGUGAAUGUUGAAACAUUAAAAUCAAUGUUUCGCAUAAAACAUGAUUUACUUCAUUUUAAAAUUGUAUGUGCACCAUUAAAAGAUAUAAUUAUCAAACUUCAAAAAACUCGAGAAACAGUUCUACCAAAACGACAACGAUCAGCAUUACGUCAAUGUCGUCGUCGACUAAAACGACGUUUACGACAAGUUAUUGGUCAUAAUUGUACAUAUAAUACUCCGGUAACAUCUACUCUUAGUGGUGACGAUGAUGAAUAUCUAUUAGAUAAUGGUGUAUUAGUACUUAAUGAUUAUAUCUAUAAAUAUUUUAAACGUCUUUUAGAUCAUUCAGUUGAAUUGAAUGAUACUAUUGAUUCAUAUUCUGAUACUAUUACAUCACUGAUCGAUUUUUAUAUGAUUCUAAAUGGUGAAUUAAUUAAUGAUACGAUAUUAACAUUGACAGUAAUGUCAUGUAUUUUUAUGCCACUGAAUUUUUUAUCGAGUGUUAGUUCGAUGAAUUUUCAAUAUAUGCCACAAAUUCCUAUGUAUUAUGGAUAUUAUGGGCAACUUGGAAUUAUGGGAAUCGUUGCAUUUAUAAUGAUUCUUUGGUUUAGAUUGAAAAAACUCUUGUAG